GACUCCAAUAAACCUGGAGCCCAUCUGACAGUGAAAAAGAUCUUUGUCAGUGGAAUCAAGGAGGACACAGAGGAGUAUCAUAUCAGAGAGCACUUUGAGCGCUAUGGGAAAAUAGAGAUUAUUGAUAUAAUGGAGGAGCGUUCAACUGGGAAAAAGAGAGGAUUCUGCUUCGUCACCUUUGAUGAUCACGAUACUGUGGAUAAAAUUGUUGCACAAAAAUAUCACACAAUCAACUCGCAUAACUGUGAAGUAAGAAAAACACUUCCAAAGCAGGAGAUGCAAGCUGUUUCUAAUCAGAGAUAUCGCGGUGGAGGCAAUUUCAUGGGCAGAGGAGGAAACUUUGGCAGAGGAGGGUAUGGAGGAGGCCGGGGUGGCUGUGGAGGAGGAGAUGGAUACAACGGAUUUGGUGGGGACAGUAUCAUUAUACUAAUAUGAGCAGGGCUCACUAAAUCCACACUCCCUUGUAAAACUAGCUGUUAAAUUCAUGCCAGAUUUGCACCGAUGUUGAACAGAAGGGCUUUGCCAGAACAAUAUAUUUUUGAAAUGGCUGCUUUGUUUUUAGUCACUGGUGAAAUCGAGGAUGGAUAAGCAUAGGAAAAUUU